AUGACACUUCUUGGUGAAGUGACGACGAUUCUCUUUAUCCCCUAUGUGUUUACCCCUGUUGUUCUAUUAGUCUGUUUGUUAUCGUGUGUGGUGGUCAUUCGGUAUUCGUCGCUUCGUGAUGAUGAUGUGAUCUUCAUCAUCUUUGCUGUAGUUCUCUGUGUGAUAUUGAAGACGUCCACGCUCUCGAUCUUAGAUGGGUUUAUCUUAUCGACGAACCAACCGGUCUUUCUCUAUUCGUAUUUUUCGAUUCAAUUAUUGCGGAACAUGACAUUGCUCUUCCAGCUGAAAUUACGGGAAGAGUGUUACUUCUCCCCGACGACGUUUUUCAAAACGUUUUCGACGGUGGGGUUCUUUGUGUUUGUCCCGAUUUAUGUUGUUUUGUUUGGGGUGUUAAUGUUCAAGUGUUUACUGUUAAGUCCGCUUUCGAUAUACACGAUCCUCAUCCCCGAGUUUGUAGUGAUCCCCGUCGAGAUGACACAAUUGAUCUAUUCCUUUGUGAAAACGCGGUUGUGGUGUUCGACCAAUCAAUGGAACAAACAGUUUGUUAAGUAUUUCUUUGUUACUUUACACUUUGAAGUGGCGAUCAUUGGUCUUCUGUUACUCCAUUACACCGUUUUACUUGUUUUUGUUGUUCCACAAAUCCUGAUGAGUCUCUGGAUGGCUUUCCAGAUCGGAAGACUUUUCUUUGUCUUCUAUACAAAGAUUAAAAGUAUUAAAAAGUACUUCACCCACGUCUACCUCUCAAGUACUAUUCGUCAGUGUAACGACCAAGACGGCGAUUGUUCGAUCUGUUACUCCCGUUUAAAGACAAAGUGCGUUGCAUUCCCAUGCGGUCACAAAUUCCACCACAGCUGCGUCAUCAGUUGGCUCCAACACAACGCCGUGUGCCCACUUUGUAAAGAAAAUAUCAUCAGAAGACAAAUCACCUGCGAGCCGUCAAUUAAAAAACUCCCGCCAACUUCUCGCUUCUUCGUACGCCUCUACCAACUCUUUAAUAAAGACUCGCUCAACGACGACAUCGACAAAGUCAAAGAACGGUUCCCGACAGUUCCAAUCGCGGCUAUCAUAUCCGAAUUGGAGAAAUUUACAAGCGCGAACGCAGUCAUCGAAUACUUCGCUGACCACCCCGAAAUCGUCGAACGGUACAUCGAUACCGCUUUGGGUGAAAAUCAACAACCCGCACAAGAAGUCAUCGAAGUCGACGAAGUCGAAGAACCAGACGACGACGAGCAAGACCAACAAGAAGAGGAGGUCGACAUCAAGGAACUCAAAAGGCUCAACGACCUCCGCAAACGAAAACUCAUUGAAGACAAUUUGUAA